CAACAAAUCCAUGCGACUACUUUACCAGUACAUGACCUGCCGCAAACUCUCUCUCAAUGCCCAGUUGAUCACCGCCUCUCAUCCCUUCUCAGUUUCGUCUUUGGGCUCUUCGUUUCGCAAUCGCUUUUGCAUUUACACUCCCAGCAAGAGCCCUUUCAAUCCCAGCUCUUCACAUUCCAGCCCAUCGCGGCACAUCCACAUCAUGGGCUCAGAGGGUUCACAUAGCCCUUCACCUACGCAAGGUCAACAUCAAUUUGACGAUAAUAUCGGAUUCGAUUAUCACGAACUUGACCAUGCCCCGGCAACCUCACAAGGCACUUUCCUCAAGGGUUCAAAGGAGGGCGUGGAACCCUUAGAGGAAUACCAGGAAGGCGGCUAUCACCCAGUCCAUAUUGGAGAUGUGCUUGGCCCAUCGGAUCGGUAUCGAGUCAUUCACAAACUCGGUCACGGUGGUUUCGGAACAGUUUGGCUCUGUCGAGACUCGGUAGAAACCCGUUACGUUGCCCUCAAGGUCAUGGCCAGUGAUCUGAAGUCCGACGAGAUUCUUGACUUCAGCUUGGCGGACCUUGAUCAAUCAAUGCCAGGUUCCCAGUUCAUCGCGACUCCACUCGAUUCAUUCUCCGUUAGUGGUGCAAAUGGGACCCAUCAGUGCCUAACACUGCCACCACUUGGGCCUUGUGUUUCGCCUCGUUUAUGGAUGCGAUUGGAAAAGGACCCUGCUGCUAUCCUACGGAAAUUCGCCUAUCAGACUACGCAGGCGUUAGCCUUCUUGCACAAGAAUCAGAUCUGUCAUGGAGACUUUCGCCCAUCUAAUAUUUUGGUCAAGCUGAGCAACCUGGAUCACCUCUCUGAGGAUGAGCUCCUCUCUCUGAUAGGGCAUCCCGAGAAAGUCCAAGUGCAGACGGAGUCAGGAGAAGACCUUCCAGUAUCUAGCCCAAGAUAUCUUGUACAACCAGCGGACAUCUCUAGACUCGGGAAUGAAUUCCUGACAGAGGAGAUUUGCGUCAUUGAUUUUGGCGAGUCAUUCAAGUUCUCAUCACCACCAGAGGACCUUGGUAUUCCAGAGAACUACCUGCCACCAGAGGUCCUUCUUGAACAGCCUGAUGUAAUUGGUCCGGCCUGUGAUAUUUGGGCUCUUGGCUGUACACUCUUCGAAAUUAGGGAACAGCUCCCUCUGUUCUACAUGAUCUACGACAAAGAUGAGUUAUUAGCCGAGAUGGUGAGGUUCUUCGGCAAACUCCCAGAAGAUUGGUGGACGAAGUGGGAAGCACGUGAAGAGUAUUUCGACGCUGGUGGGAAAUGGCUUCGUGAAGAAGAGGACUGGUCCCUUGAGGUGGCGCUGAGCAAGCCAAUUGAGAUCUUCGAAUCGGGUGAGAAGUAUAGGGAGGGGCCUAAGAAGUCAUUACAAACUCCUGAAGCUGAGCAGAAGUUGAUGGCGAAUCUGCUCUAUCGACUUUUCAAGUAUGAUCCUCGAGAACGGAUUAGUGCUGAGGACGUUCUUGGACACGAAUGGUUUAGACUAUAGCUGUCACGCUACCAGACUUGACUUGAGUAAAUAUGAAUCGUGUAACUAUUCACUCGUGGAAGGCUCGUGAUGUUAACAUUGGAAGUCAAGUCACUCAACCCGAAAUAAGACUUUUAUAAUUCAAUG